GGCGUGCCAUGCAAAUGAGCGUGGGCAGAGCUGGCGCCUCUCUCCGAGGGAGGCUCUCAUUGUUGGAGAGGACCGGGCAGCCGGAACGCUCACAUCCGCGACAGGCAGGACAGAGAGGAGGGAGGGAAACCGGGGGAAAAAUUCGGCAGCAGACGAUGCAUCCAGAGAACUCAGGCAGGAGCCCCCACAGCUUCCAUGUCAGGAGAACCCAUGAGCUGUAUUACCUGAGCAUGCAGAGAGGGCGAGAACAGGCAGACAAGAUGGAGGAGCGGGGCAGGAAGAGGAGGCUGAAGGUGUGUGUGGCCACCUGCAACCGGGCCGACUACUCCAAGCUGGCGCCCAUCAUGUUCGGCAUCAAGGCCGACCCGGACAGCUUCGAGCUGGAGGUGGUGGUCCUCGGCUCGCACCUCAUCGACGACUACGGCAACACCUUCCGCAUGAUCGAGCAGGACGACUUCGACAUCGGCUCCAAGCUGCACACCAUCGUGCGCGGGGAGGACGAGGCGGCCAUGGUGGAGUCGGUGGGCCUGGCGCUGGUCAAGCUGCCCGACGUGCUGCACCGGCUGAACCCGGACGUUCUGGUCGUCCACGGGGACCGCUUCGACGCCCUGGCGCUGGCCACCGCUGCCGCCCUGAUGAACAUCCGCAUCCUGCACCUGGAGGGCGGCGAGGUGAGCGGCACCAUCGACGACUCCAUCCGCCACGCCAUCUCCAAGCUGGCGCACUACCACGCCUGCUGCACCCGCAGCGCCGAGCAGCACCUCAUCGCCAUGUGCGAGGACCACGCCCGCAUCCUGCUGGCCGGCUGCCCCUCCUACGACAAGCUGCUCUCCGCCCACCAGCGCGACGACUACAUGGACAUCAUCAAGGCCUGGCUGGGGGACCAUGUGAAAGAGCAGAACUACAUUGUGGCUCUGCAGCACCCUGUCACCACGGACAUCAAAAACUCCAUCAAGAUCUAUGAGCUGAUGCUGGAUGCCCUCAUCUCCUUCAACAAGAAAACGCUGAUCCUCUUCCCCAACAUAGAUGCAGGCAGCAAGGAGAUGGUGCGCGUGAUGAGGAAGAAAGGCAUCGAGCAGCACCCCAACUUCCGGGCGGUGAAGCACGUGCCCUUCGAGCAGUUCAUCCAGCUGGUGUCGCACGCCGGCUGCAUGAUCGGGAACAGCAGCUGCGGGGUGCGCGAGGCCGGCGCCUUCGGGACGCCCGUCAUCAACCUGGGCACCCGGCAGACGGGCAGAGAGACCGGUGAAAAUGUUCUUCAUGUACGGGAUGCUGACACCCAGAAUAAGAUCUACCAUGCCCUGGAGCUCCAGUUUGGGAAACGGUACCCAUGCUCCAAAAUCUACGGCGACGGGAACGCGGUGCCGCGCAUCCUGAAGUUCCUGCAGGGCAUCGACCUGGACGAGCCGCUGCAGAAGACCUUCCGCUUCCCGCCGGUGAAGGAGUGCAUCUCCCAGGACAUUGACCACAUCCUGGAGACGCAGAGCGCGCUGGCCGUCGACCUGGGCGGCACCAACCUGCGUGUGGCCAUCAUCAGCAUGAAGGGGAAAAUUGUGAAGAAGUACACGCAGGCGAACCCGAAAACGUACGAGGCUCGCAUCGAGCUGAUCCUGAGGAUGUGCACGGAGGCCAUGGUCGACGCCGUCCACCUCAACUGCAGGAUCCUGGGAGUCGGAGUGUCCACGGGGGGGCGGGUGAACCCCCAGGAGGGCGUGGUGCUGCACUCCACCAAGCUGAUCCAGGAGUGGAGCUCGGUGGACAUCCGCACGCCCAUCUCGGACACGCUGCACCUGCCCGUGUGGGUGGACAACGACGGCAACUGCGCCGCCCUCGCCGAGAAGAAGUUCGGCCACGGCAAGGGGGUGGAGAACUUCGUCACCGUCAUCACAGGAACAGGCAUCGGCGGCGGUAUCAUCCAGCACAGCGAGCUGAUCCACGGCAGCACGUUCUGUGCGGCGGAGCUGGGCCACAUCAUGGUGUCUCUGGAGGGGCCCGAGUGCUCGUGCGGCAGCCGCGGCUGCAUAGAGGCCUACGCCUCGGGCCUGGCCCUGCAGAGAGAGGCCAAGAGGCUGCACGACGAGGACCUGCUGCUGGUGGAGGGCAUGUCGCUGAAGAAGGAGGAGCCCGUCAGCGCCAUCGACCUCAUCAACGCCGCCCAACUCGGGAACCCCAAGGCAGACGCCGUGCUGAAAACCGCCGCCACCGCUCUGGGCGUGGGCAUCAUCAACAUCCUGCACACGGUCAACCCCUCGCUGGUCAUCCUCUCCGGCGUGCUGGCCUCCUUCUACCAGAGCCCCGUCCAGCAGGUGAUCAGCCAGCGCGCCCUCAGCUCCGCCCAGGGCAUCCGUGUGGUGACCUCCGACCUGGAGGAGCCUGCCCUGCUGGGUGCGGCCAGCAUGGUCCUGGACUACACCACGCGCAGGAUAUACUAAAUGGCAAGGUGUACACUGGGUAAACAAGGGCACGUGACCAUCCAAUCACAAUCAUUUCAGACAGCAGUGAUGCAACGUGAUUUGACGAGAAGCUCUUUCCUGACACGGCUGGAUGUUGCCCAGCUAAGGUUCUGUCACAGUUUAUGCCCUAGUCUCUGACUUCGUCAUUACCUGGAUACCACACACCCCUCUCCCGUACUCUCUUACUAUUCCCAACUAAUUUUUAUAUAUGCAAGGGAUAUACAUAAAUAAAUAAUACAUAAAAUGUAUUAUAGGGCAUAAUAUAUGUAUUGCAUACACAUAUGGGUGUAUGUGUAUAAAUAUAUGGGUGUAUACUGUAUGUGUGUCCAAAUAUAUUGUAAAUCCUCUGGGACCACGUAGAACCAAUGGAAGUACACUUUGUAGAAACCGAUAUUUUCUAUUAGAAUGUUCUUUUGUUUUAAGUAAGUUUAUCAAGGCAUAUUGGUGAUGUGUAGAACUACCUGUGGACAUGCCUCAGACAUUUCUGAAUAUGGGCCCACAUGUCAAUACCAAUUUUUGCUAAUGCAAAAAAUACCUGAACAACUUAUCUCUGAAGGUGGCUAUAUGAUGAGCUAUAUCCACUUGUAACACUGUAUCAAUCAAGGUAUAUGAUUAUAUUUGAUUGCGCAAAUGAUUGUCAUUACAGAUGAGUUCGUAGCUGAUCCUUGCAUAAAAUACCUUUGACCAAAAUAUAGGGCAGGAGAAAGCCCUUAUAUACACUAGCAAACAAGGUUCAUUUUUAGGAGACAGUAUUUUUAGCUGCAAACUCACACUGGUGACAAGGCCUUAAUUUUGCAUGUUUAUACAUCAUGCAAGCUGCGUAUAAAUGCAGAUAAUAUAGCAGUCAUGAAAACGCAUUGAAAUGGCGCGUUCGGUCACAUUUCCCUUUAAGCAGAACUUCCGGUUGCUUUCAUAAAGCAUACAUUUACAUUUUACAUUUACAUUUAUUUAUUUAGCAGACGCUUUUA